AUGUGUAUCAAACUGUCAGUGAACUGCGACAAAUGCAGGAGGAAAGCAAUGGAAGUAGCAGUCAAUGCAAAGGGUGUAAUCUCUGUGGCCAUUGAAGGAGAGUUCGAGGACGAGCUUGUAGUGGUUGGUGAUGGAAUUGAUGCAGCUUCUUUGGUUGAUACCCUGAGGAAGAAAGCUUGCUACGCCAUAUUAGAGACCCUUGAAGAAUUCAACCCGGAAAUUUCCACUCCUGAUGAUGAUCAGGUGGAGAAGCCACAAGAAGACGAUGAUACCGAGAAUUCCAAUAACAUGGAGACUGCUGAUGAUGAUAAUAACGGUACAGAUCAAAAUGUUCCACCACAUUGCUGCUUAGCUCAAUGCUCCACAAAUUGCUAUGAGCAUCCACACCCUGAGAUGUAUGAAGCAGUAGUCUAUGAUUCUUAUGGUCCAACCACUGGAUGUACAAUCAUGUAA